CAGCCCCGUGGCCGCCGUGUGGACGCCGCGGUCGGCCGGCGCCUCGCCCCUCGUGGAGCGGAAGGCCUUCAGGCCCGUCAACUUCACGUCGCCCCAGCUCGCUAGAAAGGCGAGGCCCCCUGUCGACGCGGACGACGGUGGCCCCAACGGCGUGGCCGCGAUCGGCCGGGACGGCUCGGCGCCCCACCUGCCCAGGGCGCCCAACCCCACCGUGACGCUGCUGCAGAAGGCGCGAGAGGGGCAGAUACCUCGGGGGGCGCAGUACCUCGACGCCGAGGCGGAGCAGCGGCAGAGCGCCCAUGGACUGGACCGGACGGACUACGCCGCGCACCGGGCCGAGCACCGGGCCGAGCACCGGGCCGCACCGGAACCGGAGCAGGACGGCAUCCGCCUGCUGAGCGUCAGCCCGAGCGGGCCGAGCGGGCCGAGCGGCAGGAAGGUGCAGGGGGUGGGCCCCACCACCAGGGAGGGGCUGCCCACCGCACUGCGAUCGGAGCUGCGCGACGAGAACAAGGACAGGUGGUACAAGAGAAUGUACGACCAGCUCCACAAGAUCAAGCAAGACGACGACUGUGUGACGGUGCGGUACAGACCGAGCCACAGAGACCAGCGCAUCGCGACGUCGGGGCGCCGGCGGGAGGGAGUGUCCACCCAGUUCAAAUGGCCCGGAGGGAGGACGUCGGGCUACCAGUCGGAGCCGGAACUGGGCCACUCGGACGCGUCCAAGUACUACACGCUGGACCGACGGCGCGGGCCGCCGCGGCAGCAGCAGCAGUACGAGACGACGCCGCGGCCGCCGCAGCAGCGCCAGCAUGAGGCCACGCCGCCGCCCCCUCCGCCGCCGGCAUCCGUGGACGCGGCCGUCCCAACCGUCACCACGCCCAGAAGCAGAGCGGUGUCCGAGUCGCUCAAGUAUGCUGCCGAGGUGUACAAGAACCAGCCGGGCCGCAUCGAGAACUACGAGCCCGGCAAGUCGUCCAUCGCCGAGAAAGAAGCCAAGCAGUGGUGGGACGAGGUGCUGGACAUCUUCGAUGGGUGGUUGGACGACCAGUGGUCACCUCCGCGCUGUCGCCGCAGGCUCGCCUUCCUACAAAGUAUGGAGAAACGAAACAAGGAAAACCUGCAAGCUUUCAAGCCAACUUUUAUGACCUACGCGCUCAAGGAGUCCGGCUACGAGAGUGACACCCAGCUUGUGGUGCGGCGGCGCGAGGACGGCCCCGGCACCGAGCCCCUGUCCCCGGCGCAGCAGCGCACCGCCUACAAGGAGAUCCAGAAGGGGGGCGACGUCCCCCUGCACGGCCUGCGAAAGACGGCGCCCGAGAAGCCCAAAGAUCCCGAGCCAGAGCUCGACUUUACUCACGGCGUGGCCCCCGUGUCGGCCGCGUCCGCCGCGUCCAGGGCGUACGAGUCGGAGCCAGAGUCUCCACACCGCUACACUGACUCCGAGGUGACGAUCCGCUACCGGUCCCCGGUGUCCGCCCUGGACGCCGGCGGCCGGCCGCUCAGCGAGCAGGAGCUGAGCCGGCGCCAGGCCGAGGCCAUGCGCAGGCUGUACCAGGAGGAGCGCCGGCGCAAGUACCUCUACGAGCUGCAGGACAUCAACUCCCGCAGGCACACCGACAACUUCACGCCGUCGCAGAAAUCGCCCAUCCCGCUGAACCGCUACGACGACCUGCUGGACGAGUACUGGACGUCGGGCCGGAGUACGACCCCGGUGGCCCGGCUGGCCGCCAAGGCGCUCUACAACUUCGUGGGCCAAACGCCGAGGGAGCUGAGCUUCCGACGCGGCGACGUGAUCCUGGUCAAGCGGCAGGUGGACCGCAACUGGUACGAGGGCGAGCACAACGGCACCAUGGGCCUGUUCCCGGCCAACUACGUGGAGGUGCUGCCCUACGACCACCUCCGCGCCACGCCCACCAAGCGCGUGCAGGAGGGCCAGGCGCGCGCCCGCUUCAACUUCAUCGCGCAGACCCGGCUCGAGCUGUCCCUCGCCAAGGGCGAGCUGGUGAACCUGAUCCGUCGCGUGGAUGAGAACUGGUUCGAGGGCCGCGUCGGCAACCAGAAGGGCAUCUUCCCCGUGUCCUACGUCGAGGUCCUGCUCGAGCCCAGCGAGAGGCCAGCGACGACGCCGAUCCCGACGGGCAAGCCGGUGGCGGCCCCGGCGGCGCACAGCCUCAUCCUCAACGGCACCACCAACGGGCCGUCCAGCAUGGCGCACCACUCGUACCAGCCGCCCACCAGCCGCUCGCCCGCCAACUACUCGGGCGUCACCGCCUACAGUGCCGUGCCAGCGGCAGCCAUCGCGCCCACCCAGGCCAAGCCGCAGCAGACCCUGACGCAGACCCUGCACGUGGAUACGCACUCCGACCCGGUGCCGUACCGCGCGCUCUACAACUACCGGCCGCAGAACGACGACGAGCUGGAGCUGCUGGAGGGCGACCUGGUCCUCGUCAUGGAGAAGUGCGACGACGGCUGGUACGUCGGCUCGUCGCAGCGCACCGGCUUCUUCGGCACCUUCCCUGGAAACUACGUGGAGAGGCUAUGACCGACAUACCGGAAAAGUGCCGCCAGCAUCCCGCUUCGGUGACGUCACCGCACACCGAGACGAGGCAGUGGAGUGAGCCUAUGAAGCCAGGCGAGUGCCGAGGGCUGUGACCUGCUGAAGGAUCUAAAGCCAAAGGGAAACGUACUAAUCAUUAAUGCUGGAGGAUUUCCUCCCCGGCGGGGAACAACGGUCCUCCAUCAUUGCCAUACAGUUUAUAUAUUUUCUCGAACUUGUCUGGGAGGACAUUCGCACAGGGAAUCUUUAGUCGAUAAUGAGGGUAUUGUGUGCUCGUCAUAGUCAUGUACUCCACCAGCUGUUCACUAGAUAAUGUAAUUAGUUGAUUAUGAUUGGGCUUUUUCUUUUUUUUCGAAUCCACAGGGACAGAAACACAACACAUGUCCUGUGCUAUGAGUUUUUCUCAUCUUUGAAGUUCAUUGAAAUCAAGUGAUUCAUGUGCUGGUAGUUAUCUAGUCAAGCUUUUGCACGCACAUAUUAAUUUACUCAUUCUUUAGAAUCUAUUUUUAUAACGAAAGCAUUAUUACUAAAGAACUGAUCGCUUUUCACGUUCGCAUAUAAAAGACAGGCCCAAAGAAGUUGGGGUGAAAAUGACACAAGAAUUGUUAUUACGUUAAUGGCGUAAGUUAUUACUUUUAUUUUAUGACAGAGUAGAAAUUUAAGGUUUUUCAUCCAACAGUGUCACUGUCCUGAAGUUGAAAAUGGCAAACCAUGCACGGGCCCAUCCGUGCAGCGAUCUUACCCACUUUUCCUUUGUUGAGAAAGUGAGCUUUCAAGAGAGCGGAGUCCAUCUAGGAUAGGUCUGAAUUGUCUCUCAGUUGGUGCAGACAAAAGCAGACGAACCCUUUCUCAGAUUUGCGGUGAGCAUGUUGCAUCCCUGGUAUCUGUGUGUUAUCCAAUGCACUAACUGUUUAUCAAAUAAACUGUGUUUCUAUUGUAAAUUGUGGAGACUUUUCACAAAAGAUGAGAAAACUGAUUUAUUGGAUAAUUUAUUUUUAACUAAACUUGUUUUAAGUAAGCAGCCCUUCCUUGAGGACCAGGUUGCAGAUUUCCCGAUUGGGAGAGCUUCCGAACUUCAUCGAUUCGUAAACUGAAAACAACCUCCUUCCAUUCAAUGGAGUUCUGAAGCUCUCCUCUGACAAAACGUCUGUGUUUCAUUCGUUUAAACGUAACAAAGUUAGUUGUAUGAUGUGAAAGAAACCUGUACGUGUUCAUUGUAACCAUUAAAAAAAACAUGUAACACAACAUUUAGUAAAGCACUAAUGCAGUCCAUUGUAUAUGUUGUUUUUUGUCCGCAUUUGUUUUUGUGAAUAGUUUCUCGUCACGUGAAACAGAAUAAACCUAAAUAUAGCCUGUGACACAAUCAA